AGAAAAGUCACGUGAUUGAUUGUUGAUAUACUUGGAAAGACAAGUGACUGACGGACGCCCGAACCACCAAUUCCAUGAGCUAAACGCCAAUGUACGAAGUUUAAAAAAAAUGACCAGUGUCCAAAACCCUGUGAUAGAAUAAUACAGAUAAUCCAAGAUGGCAUCUCCACAGUCAGCUGCUACUCUUUCAGUAUGCUCCAGUAGACUGUUCACCUCUGCAUUCACUGUAAAAUGAAACUAUGUAACUUCAUGCUUUCUAGCUGCACAGUGAAAACUGCAUAGGAAAACUGGUCAAGAAAGUGACAAGGCAAAGAGAAAAAGAGCAGCAGCGACAUCUACUUAGCAUGAAGCAAAUUGCAGAAGUCGAUUGCCUUAUAGGAAGAAGAAGAAUGACAGUCCAGGCAUCUGCUACACGAUACUUGCUCAAAGAAUGCAUCUGCCUGGCUCAUCUCGGUUAUGGUGUCGAAGAUCAAGGUGCAAGAGGCUCCUCAAAGGCAAACAGGAGCAUGGAGCUAACUCGGACCAUCACAAGAUGUGGACCUAGCAAUGGAAAUUAUUAUUCUGACACCAGCACUUUAAGGAAAUUUCACUCUGACCCUGCAGUCAUAAUAUGUGGUGACUUCAGCCAUGUGACUUUGGAAGGAACAAUGACAAAUUUCCAUCAGUUUGUGACUGGUUCCACUCGAGGAAAUAACAAGCUGGACCUUCUCUAUUCAAAUGUUAAAGAUGCCUUUAAGUAUAAUCUCCUGGCUCCUUUAUUCAAAUCUGACUGCAACCUCAUUCAUCUUAUUCCCAGCUACAAGCGUGUUAUUAGACAGCAACCUGUUACCAACAAAAUAGUAAGGAAGUGGAGCCUUGAGGCAGAAAUGUUUCCAAAUGACUGCUUCCAAAUGACAGACUGGGAAAUGAUGUGUGUGUCACAUGGGGAUGAUACUGUGGCACUCUGUCACUGAAUCACAGACUAUGUUAACUUCUGCGUCACAAAGACAGUGUGUUGCUUUCCAAACAACAAGAUCUGGAUUAAAAAAGCCUCAAAAGCUUGCAUAUUGUAAUCUUUUUAGUUAGCCAAUAAAAGGUGUCGUUUUGCUUGACUUUUCUCUACAUUCAUAAUGGCUAACAUGGUACAACAACCUAGUACUAAUGGGAUAUGGACAAAGCUAACAGCCUCAACCAAUUUUUGUAAUAGAUUUUCCCUCAUGUCACCUUCUUCUAAUGACCAAUCUCCACACACAACUCCUACCACGUCAACUGGAAUGGCCAGUUAAAAAUCCCUCUCUAUCAAUGUGGACUGUCCAUAUCUGAAGACCAAGUAAGGAGACAACUGAGAACACUACACCUAAGAACGGCCAUGGGACCAGAUGGAGUCAGUGCUCAAAUUCUUAAGGCCUGAACUGACCAGAUUUGUGGUGUCCUCUGUCACCUGUUCAGUCUGUCCCCAAGCCUUCAGAAAGUGCCACUGUUGUGGAAAACAUCCUGCAUUGUUCCUGUUACAAAGAAGGCAGGUGCCUCUUCACCAGACCAGUGGUACUUACACACAUCAUGAAAACCUUUCAAAGACUGGUCCUGGACUAGUUGGUCUUCUUGUACCCGCUGCAGUUUGUCUACUGGAGAAAGAUUAUAGUGGACAAACCAAUUUAUCUGCUCCACAAGGUUUAAUUUGACAUGGAGAAAGCUGGCAGCACUGUCAUGAUUAUGUUUUUGAUUUCUCCAG